CAGGCAAUCAAACUUUGGCUUCUGUGUUUUACAUUUAUUUGGAGAAAAAAAAAAACAAAGAGGUGAGAUCAUGAAGAUGAUCAGCUACCAGCACGCAAUUGAAUUGGAAUGGUAAGACCGCGUAUAAGUAUUUCAACGUCGCAUCACCAAAAACAAACAAACAAACAAAAACCUUUGGAAAAUACAGUCCCCACAGAACAGAAACAACUCCCACAUUUUUCCUUCUCAGUUUUUACACUACAAAUUCGGAAAAAGGAAAAAGAAAAUUCCCUCUCACUCGGUUUCUCUUUCUUUCCCUAUUCCUAUUGCCUUUCGGAUCAAGUGAAUCCCCCUCCCUUUUUCGUCUAUAAAUACCCCCUCUCCUCCUCUCCACUCCCAACCAACAAAUUCCCACAAACAAAUCUUCCAAAUCACCAACCACUUCCUCAAUUCAUACAUUUGUCAAGAGCAAUAACUUUUUAGUUUCUUGGUUGAAUUGAAUUUAAUUACCUGCCAUGCCGCGGAAGGGAAUGAGGAGCGUUUUCUUCAGAUCGCCAACUCCGAGCACGCCGUCGUCGCCGUUGUCUCACUCGCCGCGCCACACUUUAUCGGAUUCCAUGGUGGAAGAGAAUAUUGAAGUUGCGGAAUCGUGUGCCGCAAAGUGGGCCGCUGAUGCCGUUACUGCUGGUUCCUUGUUUCAAGGGGAAGACCGUGAUGAAGCUCGACAGUUUAUCAAGGUAGUUAAGGACUUGCAUGCCGCGAUGCACUGCAUCGUUUCUCGGGAUCCGACAUCGGAGAAGCUUGUGCGAGCUCAUGAUUUGAUGAGGAUUGCGAUGGAGAGGCUUCAGAAAGAGUUUUACCAGAUUUUGUCUGCUAAUCGGGAGUAUUUGUAUCCGGAAUCGGUUUCCAGCGUUCAAUCGCCGGUAACGGUUUCGGCUAGAUCGAGUACCUCUGAUUUCGAGGCGGAAUCGGAAGAUGAAUUCUGUUUUGCUAACGAAUCUGCUAUUGCUGAGGUAGAGCGGGUUUCGAUGUCUGCCAUGGCGGAUUUGAAAGCAAUUGCGGAUUGUAUGAUCUCCACCGGUUAUGGCAAAGAAUGCGUCAAGGUUUAUAAAAUCGUAAGGAAAUCGAUAAUUGACGAGAGUCUCUACAAUCUUGGAGUUGAGAAAUUGAGCAUUUCGAAAGUCCAGAAGAUGGAUUGGGAGGUUCUGGAGAUCAAGAUCAGAAGCUGGUUGAAAGCUGUGAAACCGGCAGUGAAAUCUCUGUUCGAAGGGGAGAGAAUCCUUUGCGAUCACGUCUUCUCGGCUUCCGUGUCCAUCAGAGAAACGUGCUUCGCUCAAAUUUCCAAAGACGGCGCGAUGACUCUUUUUGGAUUCCCAGAAUUGGUCGCAAAGUACAAAAAAACUCCAGAGAAAAUUUUCAUUACGCUGGAUCUAUACGAGGCCAUAGCCGACCUCUGGCCGGAGAUCGAUUACAUUUUCUCAUCCACAGCGACGUCAAUGGUCCAAUCACAAGCAGUCAAUUCACUCGUCAAACUCGGGGACAACAUUCGCACAUUGUUCGCUGAUUUUGAAAUGGCUAUUCAGAAAGAAUCAUCCAAAGCGCCGGUUCCGAGUGGCGGAGUUCAUCCACUCACUCGCUACGUGAUGAACUACAUCUCGUUCCUCUCCGAUUACAGUGGAAUACUCAACGACAUAGUCGCCGAUUGGCCUUUAGCGACAAAAGUAAUGUUGCCGGAAUCAUACUACGGGCCGCCGAAACAGGAUGAUAGUCCGAUUACCUUACGAUUCGCCUGGCUGAUUCUGGUUCUCCUCUGCAAACUCGACGGCAAAGCAGAGCAUUACAACGACGUCGCACUCUCCUACUUGUUCUUAGCCAACAAUCUCCGAUACGUCGUCGACAAAGUCCGAUCAUCGAACCUGAAAUUCCUUCUCGGCAACGACUGGAUCGAGAGGCACGAAUCGAAGAUCAAACUCUACACCUCCAAAUACAGGCGCAUAGGAUGGAGCGAAGUGUUCUCGUCGCUGCCGGCCGACGUCGCGGCUGAUAUCUCGCCGGAAAAAGCGAGAGAAUCGUUCGGAAAUUUCAACAGAGCUUUUGAAGAGACCUACAGAAAACAGACCUCGUGGAUCGUGCCCGAUCAGAAGCUUCGAGAUGAAAUAAAGAUCUCGUUGGCGAAGGAGAUUGGGUCUUUAUACGGCGAGUUUUACGCGAAGCAUCGGUUGCGUAUGGGGCGGGUUUACGGGUCGGGCUCGAUGGUCCGACUUUCCCCCGAUGAUUUAGGAAAUUAUAUUUCGGAUCUCUUCUACGGGUCUGGAUCCGGAAGUAUAGGGAGCGUUUCCUCGUCUUAUUCGUCGUCCAAUUCCUCGCCGACUUCUCGAGGGAGGGUCGUACGUUGAGACGUGGACGGCGGCCGGCUCCUAUAGAUUUUUUUUAAAGAAAUAUGAUUCAUUUAUGUACAUAAAAUUAUUUCCAUUUUUUCAAAUAUGAUAAAUGAAUAAAGGUUUUGUC